AAACCUAGGGAGCAAAGCCCGAUUUGUAAAUCUAUUUCCCCCAGUAUUUCUUUAAAAACCUCGUAGAGAGAAUUGAAUAAACCUAGGGAGCAAAGCCCCCCUAUCAGGAAUUAAAUCCAGUGAAAAUGGACGUGGAAGAAUCGAUUAGGAAUCACGUUGGCGUCACCUUGAAGCUAGCGAAUCACGUCUUCUCCACCGUCACCAGCACAGAAUCGAACCUCGUCUUCUCUCCUCUCUCAAUCGGCGUCAUAUUGGGGCUCAUCGCCGCCGGCUCCAAGGGCCCAACGCUCAACGAGCUCCUCGCUUUCCUCAACUCCAAGUCCGCCGACGAUCUCAACGCCUUCUACUCUCAGGUCCUCUCCCCCGUCCUCGCCAACGGCCACCGUGUUGGCGGCCCGCGACUGUCGCUUUCAAACGGCGCGUGGAUCGAGCAGACUCUGCCGCCUUUGAAGGAUUCCUUCAGGCAUGUCCUGGAGAAUGUUUAUAAGGCCGCUUCUGAAUCCGUCGAUUUCAAGAACAAGGCAAGUGAAGUGGUUAAACAGGUAAAUUUGCGGGUUGAGAAAAAGACUCGCGGUCUUAUCAAAGAUAUACUUUCUGUUGAUGGAGUUAGCAGCGAAACUCGCCUCAUUUUAGCAAAUAUCUUGUAUUUCAAAGGGCGUUGGGCUGAGAAAUUCGACGCGUCUAAGACAAAGACUAGUGACUUCCACCUCGUCAACGGAAGCUCCGUACAAGUCCCAUUCAUGAGCACUAGGAAUGAGCAAUGUGUGGGAGUCUAUAAAGGUUUCAAAGUAUUGAGACUUCCUUAUAAGCGAGGAGAGGAUAAACGGUGUUUCUCCAUGUACAUCUUCUUGCCAGAUGCCAAGGAUGGGUUGCCAGCUUUGAUGCAUGAGGUCACUUGUGAUCCUGGGCUAUUGGAGCGUUGCCUACCCAUGUAUUCCGUUCCAGUGGGCGAGUUUCGCAUCCCAAAGUUCAAGUUAUCCUUUGGAAUCGAGGUCUCAGAGGUUCUCAAGGAGCUUGGGGUGGUGUCUCCUUUUCUUGGAGUUGAGGGCAUCACUGAGAUGGUGGAACAUGAAGCGCUCUAUGUUUCAAAAAUAUUCCACAAGUCUUUUAUUGAGGUUAAUGAGGAAGGCACAGAAGCUGCGUGUGCCACUACCGAGGACGAAGAGAUGAUGGCCCUGUUCCCCGAUGAGGAUUUCGUAGCUGACCACCCCUUUCUCUAUUUCAUCCGGGAAGAUUCGACAGGAGUCAUUCUCUUGAUUGGGACUCUGAUUAAUCCUCUUCUUGGUUAAUUAUUCACCAUUGGUCACAAACGGAAAAAUCCCUCCUCGCCCAUUGCCCUAGAGCACCGGCAGUGGCGAUCCAAAAGGAUUCCACACCGUGCCACAUCAGCAUAUUAAGGCGUGUUGCCUUGCUUUUCCAAAGGGUUCCACCCGAUUCCCGUGGCAUGUGUGAGUCAUUUUUUAAGGAGUGAUGCAUAUUAUUUUUUUAGUAUUUAUUUUUAUUCUUAAGGAUUGGAGAGUAGAUAUGGGGUGUGGAU